AUGUCGGUCGCCACGGUCGCCCUCCUAGUAGACCCUGCCUUCAAGGAAAAGGUCAACGCGCUGUACUCGGACGAGGCCCCUCAGCCACCACAGGAUAGCUCAAGAUUCCUCGUUUCAUCGCCAUAUACGGAGCAAGACCAUCUGCUCGACUUACACACCCUCGAGCCGGAAAGCAAGCUUCUCGCGCUGGCGUUGACGCACAUGCGGAACACGAGACAGGACUAUGCGACUAGCCCGUACAUCGACAGUUUUAAUUGGGUCGCGGUUAUGGACACUCUAAGGAGUCUAGCCCAAGACGCAGGCCACACAUGGAGGGAGACUUCCUUCUACAUCGUGGCCUUUAGAUCGCAGAUUCCACCCACCACCGUGUACGCCGAGCUGGGGGCUCUGGACAAGAGCGCUCACGUAGAGGCAAACAAGAGUGGGGGCUUUCUGAAAUACUGGUUUGGCGAGCCCAACGCCGAAGGGCGCAAUCUGGCGACUUGCGUGUGGCGAUCUAAAGAGGAUGCAAGGUUGGGUAACGUUGGCCCAGCUCACAGAAAGGCAGCCAACGCGACACGCCGGCUGUACACCAGCUGGGGGAUAGAUAGGCACCGACUGAUCGUGCGUGAUGAUGUUGAGAGCUGGGAGAUUGUCGACUGGGUUGAUGAAUGA